GCGGCGGGCGGACCCGGCGGCCUCGCUCCCUCUCGGCAACCUCACGCGCCCGCGGCGCCCGGCAGCGGAGCGGCGCGGCCAUGGCGAUGGACGCUCAGCAGAAGGAGAACACGCUGCUUCACCUCUUCGCCGGCGGGUGUGGUGGCACAGUUGGUGCUAUUUUCACGUGUCCACUAGAAGUCAUUAAGACCAGAUUGCAGUCUUCAAGAUUAGCUCUCCGGACCGUUUACUAUCCUCAAGUUCAUCUGGGGACCAUUAGUGGAGCUGGAAUGGUGCGACCAACAUCUGUGACCCCUGGACUCCUGCAGGUUCUGAAGUCAAUCUUGGAGAAGGAGGGACCAAAGUCACUCUUCCGAGGUUUGGGUCCAAAUUUGGUUGGAGUGGCACCGUCAAGGGCUGUGUACUUUGCAUGUUACUCCAAAGCCAAAGAGACAUUUAAUGGCAUUUUCGUGCCCAAUAGCAAUAUUGUGCAUAUUUUCUCAGCUGGCUCUGCAGCUUUUAUCACAAAUUCCUUAAUGAAUCCUAUAUGGAUGGUUAAAACCCGGAUGCAGCUAGAGCGGAAAGUGAGGGGCUCCAAGCAGAGGGGCACCCUGCAGUGUGCACAGCACGUGUACCAGACCGAAGGCAUCCGGGGCUUCUACCGAGGACUGACCGCCUCGUACGCCGGCAUUUCAGAGACCAUCAUCUGCUUUGCUAUUUAUGAAAGUUUGAAGAAGUAUCUGAAAGAAGCUCCCUUAGCCUCCUCCGCAAACGGAACUGAGAAAAAUUCCGCAAGUUUUCUUGGACUUAUGGCAGCUGCUGCUUUCUCCAAAGGAUGCGCUUCCUGUAUUGCUUACCCGCACGAGGUCAUCAGGACACGGCUCCGGGAGGAAGGCACCAAGUACCAGACGUUUGUGCAGACGGCGCGCCUGGUGUUCCGGGAGGAGGGCUACCUCGCCUUCUACCGAGGGCUCUUCGCCCAGCUCAUCCGGCAGAUCCCGAACACGGCCAUCGUGCUGUCCACCUACGAGCUCAUCGUGUACCUGCUGGAGGACCGCAGCCAGUAGCAGGCCCGAGAGCUGCGCUCGGCAUGACGCAAGCAGACCAACUCGAGAGCUUUUUCCCCACUGAUGUUUAGGAUGUCUGAGACUGAAACCAGCCGUAAAGUAACUGGCUUGUAUCGCCUCCUGGACUUGUCCUUUUGGAUUCGUGCUUUCUGGAAGGUUUCAAUUCAUUAACAUUAAUAGUUAAUUAUAACUUUUUUUUUAACUUAAGAGAAUUCAGGAUUAAACAUUAACUAAAUUAAAUCAUGCUAUUUAAUUUUAGUGUA